AUGAACUCUGUCGAAUACCACUAUCCCGUGAUUGGUCGCAAGGGCACUGGAGGCGUAUUUGAUCGCUUGCCUAUCGAGACAUUGGAGAAGGACCACCCUUACCAAUUUGCAUUGUUCAUCCUCGCCUUUGCCGCAAUUCAGCAGCGUCCCGAUGCUCCCCAAGUCAUGGAAGAGCCUGCAGGCACCUUCAUGGAAAUUGCGUCGAUUCACGGAAGGCCCUUCAUUGAAUGGGCAGGCGACCGCAACAAGGACACCUCAACUGACUAUAGUGCUACUGACAAGAAAGAUACCAAUCCCGUUCCCGCCAGAUUCGGAGGUAUUUGCCAUGGCUCCGUUUUUUUUCCCACUUGGCACCGCCCAUACGUCAUGCUUCUUGAGCAAUCCAUCGGAAACAUCGCUGAUCAAUUGGCCCACGAUAUUGAAGCUAAAAACCCGCAUGAAUGUGGAGUGUGGCUCAAGGCUGCCAAGGAACUGCGCUUUCCAUACUGGGAUUGGGCCGAGAAGGAUGUUUCCGAGAAUGGCCUUCCUCCUGUUUUGUACGAAAACAAAGUGGAAAUCGUGGCUGCUGGAGGUCAAAAACAAAUUGUUGAUAAUCCACUCUCAUUUUUCUCGUUCGUCGAUGGGAUCCCAUCCGACUUUUCCGACGAGACGCUCAGUACGGGACAAGUGGCAUACUUCUCCAAGUGGCACAGGACAUACCGCCAUGCUGCUAGUACCGCGAACCCUGAAGGCAGCAACAUAGACCAGUUACAAAAGGCGUUCAAAGCGGGGGCAAAGGAUCUAAGAAGCAAAGUCGCUCAGCUCUUUGCAGUAAAUGAUGACGAGGAUUCUGCAUUAGCCUGGGACGAAUUUUCCAAUCAUACUACGGAGUCGAAGAGAGAAAUGGAUGAUUACAACUCUGGGUCGCUUGAAGGUGUGCACGAUGCUGUUCAUAUAUUGGUUGGUGGAACCGGACACAUGAGUGCCCCGGACGUUGCCGGCUUCGAUCCUUUAUUUUUCCUUCACCAUUCCAAUGUGGACAGACUGUUGGCGCUAUGGGAGUGGUGCUAUACCGAGUACUGGAUGGAAAGCGGGUAUAAAAUCAAAGGGCAAUCAUACCCUUGGACACAGCAACUCGGUACAUAUGCGGAAGUUUACAACGCACAACUCCUUCCAGACGGGCCACUCCAACCAUUCCGAACGGAACAAGGAGACUACUGGACCUCUUCUCAAGCUCGAUUUUUGCAUGCAGACGCGUACCCCAAGUAUUAUUCGUAUCCCGAGUUUGCAGGCAUUGAAGUUAAUCGAGCUGCUAUGUCAGCCGACGAGCGUGCCUUGGCGCGCAAGAAGGUUGCGGCCCACUACGGGUUUGAUCCACAAACCACGGUGCAACAGGACCAUCCUGCUGUGCCAGUCGACCAUACCGUUAUUCCUGAAUAUCGCACAUUUGCUGUGCAUGUGAAACUUCUGGAGCAUGCUUUCAAUAGCUCCUACUCAUUCCAGCUCCACCAUAAAGGAAACGAUCAUUCGGCUCCGCAGAUCGUAGGCACCGUCACAGUCUUUGCACGACCAGACCAUUCCCCUUGUAAAGCGUGUAUUCUGCGUCGUGAAGCGGGAACUGUAAUCCACGGCAUUAUUCCCAUCCCUCCCGCAUUGAUCGAGAGUAUCAUGAAAUCGAACGCUGACAGCAAAAUGGUGGCUACAUUCGACCAGACACUCGCUCACAUCAAGGGAGAGCUCUUUGGAAAGAUUGUGGAUGCUACUGGCUCAGAGCUUGCCAGGGCUGAGGGAGGCACAGAGGCCCCCCAGAUACCAAGCCACCAAACCACUUCUCGCAAUGUUACUCCCAUAGAAAUCUCUCUGGUGUCGACUGCUGUUGCUGAACACAGACAGGACAAGGGUCGUCCUGUCUACAUAUGCGACUGGCAGCACCACGACGGUGUCUUUAGCGGUGGAUGGCAGGCGACUCACCCGGCUGCGGCGUGAUGCAGCAUGGUUGACAGCUUUAGGUCUUAUUCGCAAAAACAGCGAAGCUGUAAAUUAAUGUCAGUGGCGAAAUAGGCUUUUACAUCUUGGACUUUCUUGAGCUAUAUGAGUUCUGUUACGCGUCGUGUUCAUGUUGCCCAGCGCGAUCUAACUAUAGUGCUUGUAUUUCCG